UGAUUUCCAAUUCAAAGGUUCUACUAGGGCUUUACGCCCCCCGGGCCGUCUUGAAUCUGCCGAGAAACAAACAAAAAGGAAAGCACAGAAAUAGAAGUCAAUCCCUAAAAAACCGAAAUACAGAGCAAGAAAAAGAAAGAGUGAAAUGAAUAAGAUGUGGAGAGUGAAUUCCCUGAACAACGCCGUGAGGACUCUUAGAUAUCUCCAGGAAACCUCCUUCUCAACUUCAGUUAUCCGGCAGCAUUCUUCCUCCUCUCCACGCCUCUCUUCUCCGCCGUUCGCCAUUGCCGUUCGUCACCUCCGCGCUGGUCGCGAUCCUAGCAUCAGCUAUGAAAUUACGCCUCCAGUUAACUGGGGCGUCCGUAUCGUACCGGAGAAGAAAGCCUACGUGAUAGAAAGGUUCGGGAAGUAUGUGAAGACGCUGCCGUCUGGAAUACAUUUCCUAAUCCCAUUCGUGGAUCGAAUUGCCUACGUUCAUUCCCUCAAGGAAGAGGCUAUUCCUAUCCCUGACCAAUCUGCUAUUACCAAGGACAAUGUCAGCAUUCUCAUUGACGGGGUUCUUUAUGUCAAGAUUGUGGACCCCACGCUUGCCUCUUAUGGCGUUGAGCACCCAAUAUAUGCCGUCAUUCAGCUUGCACAAACAACCAUGCGUAGCGAGCUUGGUAAGAUUACCCUCGACAAGACCUUUGAAGAGAGAGACACUCUCAACGAAAAGAUUGUGGAGGCCAUCAAUGUGGCUGCAAAAGACUGGGGCCUCCAAUGUCUUCGUUAUGAGAUAAGGGAUAUAUCUCCACCACGUGGAGUGAGGGCGGCUAUGGAAAUGCAAGCAGAAGCAGAGCGUAAAAAGAGAGCUCAAGUUCUUGAAUCUGAAGGAGAAAGACAGGCCAAUAUAAAUAUUGCUGAUGGUAAGAAAAAUGCUGUGAUCUUAGCAUCUGAAGCUGCAAGAAUGGAUCAAGUUAACAGAGCACAAGGUGAAGCGGAAGCCAUCCUUGCUAGAGCACAAGCUACAGCUAAAGGAAUUGCCUUGGUAUCUCAGUCUCUAAAAGAAAGUGGUGGAGUCGAGGCAGCAAGUUUGAGGAUUGCAGAGCAAUAUGUUCAAGCCUUUAGUAAUAUUGCCAAGGAGGGCACAACAAUGUUGCUUCCUAGUUCUGCUGCAAACCCUGCCAACAUGAUUGCCCAAGCUCUCACUAUGUACAAAAGCCUGGUCAGCAAUGUUUCUACUGAUGGUUCUCAUGUAAACAUUUCCCCUGAGAUAUCCAGAACCAUAAAGGAUGGUCCCUCUGGAGAAACUGAAGGCGAAACCCUAAACCCCAGAGUUGUGGACACGAUGGCUACAAAUCAUGCUGGUCAUACAGGAUUUUCACUUCAGAGCUCCAAGGAAAAAGAAUAAAACUGAUUUAACCAAAGACCAAUUAAGUGAAACCAGAUUGUGUUUCUGGGCUCUGUUGCAUGGGGACUACUUUGAUUUUAGUUAAAAGUUUCUGAAUAUUUGAAAAAGAAAGGCAAAGGAUUUAGGCGAUUGUAGAAUUGAUAAUAGGAUGCUCAUUCAUUUGUUAAGUGUUUAGAGCGGCCAUGUAAUAUAGGCUGGAUACCAUUUUCAGCCUCGAGAAUCCAAUCCAAUGAAGGUUAAAACAUUUUCAGGA